UCGGAUAGCGGCGGGGCUUCGGAACGCACGCCCCGCAAGAAGGAGCCGCCGCGGGCCUCGCCUCCGGGCGGUGUGUCCGAGCCGUCGGCCGUCGGGGCCGCCCCUGCGCCCGGCGCCGAAACCACCGGCAUCGCCGAGACCCCCGAGGGCCGCAGGACCAGCCGCCGCAAGCGAGCCAAAGUCGAGUAUAGAGAGAUGGAUGAGAGUCUUGCAAACCUGUCAGAAGAUGAGUAUUACUCUGAAGAAGAGAGAAAUGCUAAAGCUGAGAAAGAGAAAAAACUACCCCCACCACCUCCACCAGCUCCUGCAGAAGAAGAGAAUGAAAGUGAGCCAGAGGAGCCGUCUGGGCAAGCAGGAGGACUUCAAGACGACAGUUCUGGAGGGUAUGGAGACGGCCAAGCAUCAGGUGUGGAGGGUGCAGCUUUCCAGAGUAGACUUCCACAUGACCGUAUGACAUCUCAAGAAGCUGCCUGCUUCCCUGAUAUAAUCAGUGGGCCACAGCAGACUCAGAAGGUGUUUCUGUACAUCAGGAACCGCACCCUGCAGCUCUGGUUGGAUAACCCAAAGAUUCAGCUGACAUUUGAAGCAACUAUCCAACAGUUAGAAGCACCUUAUAAUAGUGACACAGUGCUCGUUCACAGGGUUCACAGCUACCUGGAGCGUCAUGGGCUGAUUAACUUUGGGAUCUACAAAAGAGUGAAGCCCCUUCCAACCAAGAAGACAGGAAAGGUGAUCAUUAUUGGUUCUGGAGUCUCUGGGUUGGCAGCAGCUCGCCAGUUGCAGAGUUUUGGAAUGGAUGUCACAGUUCUGGAAGCCAGAGACAGAGUAGGAGGACGAGUUGCCACCUUUCGCAAAGGGAAUUAUGUUGCUGAUCUGGGAGCAAUGGUGGUAACAGGACUGGGAGGAAAUCCCAUGGCUGUGGUCAGCAAACAAGUAAAUAUGGAACUGGCAAAGAUCAAACAAAAAUGUCCACUUUAUGAAGCGAAUGGACAAGCUGUUCCCAAAGAGAAAGAUGAAAUGGUGGAGCAAGAAUUUAAUCGUCUGCUAGAAGCCACAUCCUAUCUCAGUCAUCAGCUGGAUUUUAAUGUUCUCAAUAAUAAGCCUGUCUCCCUAGGCCAGGCUCUGGAGGUUGUCAUACAAUUGCAGGAGAAGCAUGUGAAGGAUGAGCAGAUUGAGCACUGGAAAAAAAUUGUGAAAACACAGGAGGAAUUGAAAGAUCUUCUUAACAAGAUGGUGAAUUUAAAAGAGAAGAUUAAAGAACUUCAUCAGCAGUAUAAGGAAGCAUCAGAAGUGAAGCCACCUCGGGAUAUUACAGCAGAGUUCCUUGUGAAAAGCAAGCACAGAGAUCUGACUGCACUUUGCAAGGAGUAUGAUGAAUUGGCAGAAACACAAGGGAAGCUGGAAGAGAAAUUACAAGAACUUGAAGCCAAUCCACCAAGUGAUGUUUAUUUGUCAUCCAGAGACAGGCAAAUACUUGACUGGCAUUUUGCAAAUCUAGAAUUUGCUAAUGCUACACCUCUUUCUACACUUUCACUGAAGCACUGGGACCAGGAUGAUGACUUUGAAUUCACAGGCAGUCACUUGACUGUGAGGAAUGGAUAUUCCUGUGUGCCAGUGGCCUUAGCAGAAGGGUUGGAUAUUAAAUUAAACACGGCAGUUCGACAGGUUCGCUACACAGCAUCAGGCUGUGAAGUGAUAGCUGUAAAUACCCGAUCUACCAGCCAGACCUUCAUUUAUAAGUGUGAUGCUGUGCUGUGCACUCUGCCCCUGGGAGUGCUGAAACAGCAGCCUCCAGCAGUUCAGUUUGUGCCACCUCUUCCUGAAUGGAAAACUUCUGCAGUGCAGAGGAUGGGAUUUGGCAACCUGAACAAGGUUGUGCUGUGUUUUGAUCGUGUCUUCUGGGAUCCAAGUGUCAAUUUGUUUGGCCAUGUUGGGAGCACUACUGCAAGCAGAGGAGAGCUUUUCCUCUUUUGGAACCUGUACAAAGCACCGAUUUUGUUGGCCUUGGUAGCAGGAGAAGCAGCAGGGAUCAUGGAGAAUAUCAGUGAUGAUGUCAUUGUUGGUCGGUGCCUUGCCAUUCUCAAAGGCAUCUUUGGCAGCAGCGCUGUGCCCCAGCCUAAAGAGACGGUGGUGUCCCGCUGGCGUGCUGACCCGUGGGCCCGGGGGUCCUACUCCUACGUAGCUGCUGGAUCCUCUGGAAAUGACUAUGAUUUGAUGGCUCAGCCAAUUACUCCAGGGCCAGCCAUUCCAGGUGCUCCACAGCCCAUCCCUCGCCUGUUCUUCGCGGGUGAACACACCAUCCGCAACUACCCCGCCACGGUGCACGGCGCGCUGCUCAGCGGGCUGCGGGAGGCCGGCCGCAUCGCCGACCAGUUCCUGGGGGCCAUGUACACCCUGCCCCGGCAGCCCACGCCCGGUGUGCCUCCCCAGCAGGCUGCCAGCCUGUGAGGGAACAGGGAGGCGGCAGAAGAGGAGCGCAGAGGCCACGGUGCUGCCGCUGUGGAGCCCGGGAUGGAGAUCCUCGAGUAGUUUGUAGCAGCGUCUGCUGAGAGCAGCCCGGGUUACUGUGCAAGCCUUGUCUGAGAACGGCCUUAGAGAAGCUCGCUGGACCUUUGGCUUGGCAGCCUUUUACAAAAUCUUUGAGCUAUUUGAUGGGUCAGUGUAAACAGAACCCUUUACUGCAAAGCUGGUCAGGGACUUUGACUCUGCAGAUACUUCUUGGAAGUCAAAAUAGCUGGAGGGUUUUUUAGGGUGUUUGGGGUUUUUUUCUACCUAUGUGUGUAUUUACAGUUUGGUAAUUGCACAAGGGCCUCUAGAAGCUGGUUGCUAUGAAUACUAGCUUAGUGUAGAAUGUAUGUAAAUUUCUUUCUGGGUUUUUUUUUAAUGACUUUGUUUUGAAGAGUACUAUUUUUGACCAAUUCUAUUCCUGUCUGGCAUUCAAGAAUUUGGGGCAACUGUUUGCCUACCAGUAACAGCAAAUCACACCUCUCCAAAAUGGUUCAUUGGCUGCUACACCAUCUGCAUCCUGCUGUAGAGUAACCUGGUAGCACUGAGUAUGCUAAGCAUACUGUUUUAUUAAAUACUUCCAACAAAAGAAAAGGUACUGAACUGUGUUCCAAUGUCCUGAGGUGAACUCUGUGUGAAGUGCCUGGUGCUAUACUGCUGACCACCUGUUGCAGUACAUGAAACCACUGAAUGCUUCCUGGUGUGUUAAACAUCCCAAAGGAGACAGAAACGAUCAUCCCAGGGCACAGAACUGGAAUGCCAAUGCUUGUCCUUUAACAGGGACCAGAACAGGCAAUGCUGAUGGGGAUGGGAGGAAUGAUAAGACAGCCCCAGCAUGGAAAUCCCUGCUUUGGAGCUGCUGUCUGAUGUAGGACUAUGGAUAAAAUGCCUUUGUGUGGCACAGGGCUGGCUGCUGCAACAGUAUCACUGUCUGGCUGUGACCCCCUGCCUUUACCUGCAGCAGAACUGGUGACGCUCUUUGUCUAGCUGCUGUCUGUGACAUGAACAUGCAGUGCACCUACACCCCCUCAUGUAGCAUAGGCCUGCCCUGACAGACACCUGUAUUCUUCAUUAUAUCCACCUAUUUUGGGAUUCGCCUGUAAUUUGUCUCUGUCCUCUCUAUGGCCUGUCUUUGAGAAAGGGUCCAUGUCCCACAGGUGGUGGAAAUGCAUUCCAAGAAACCAGCAAAGGGGGUGGCAGGAAGCUUCAGCACUAGUAGGAUGGUGGCUAGAAUCAGUAUUUGUACUGGGAAUCAUUUUGAUUUAUUGUCUCAAGCCUCUGCUACAAAAACUUGAAAACAAUUGUGUAUGUUCACCUGUGCAACUGCUGACAGCAAGGAAGUGAGUCUGCGUUGCAGACCCUUGGAUUGAAAAGCAAGUUAGUGAAGAUAACAAGGAUAAGAACACUAGGAAGCUGCCAGAAGGAAGGCUGCUGGGAACAAGUGACUGGAUCCAGGCAGGCAGAGUGCCCUGUGCCAGUGAGCAGCAGUGCUGCACACUGAAAGCAGCCCGAGGUCAGCAGGACUGGCUCCAGAGCUGCUGGGUGCUCCUGGCCUCUCUGCAGGGCUCUGAGCAUCACGCUUGGGGUGUGAUGAUGGUGUUGAGCAGCUGUUUACAAGGUCAGGAAUCAGAUGUAGGGGAGUUGUCAGCUGCAGCUCUGCAUGUGAUUCUGGAGGUGAAUGUGCAACACUGCUUGACCUUCUGUGAGCAGUUUAUCAGGAGCUCGGGGCAGGAGGCACUGACUGCCUGGGCGUGGGGCAGCACACAGGGUCUGACUCAACAUCUCACCAACAAAGGUGAUUUACAGCAGCAACCUUCUCACAGCUGCAGCUGAGGCAAAGAGGUUUGCAGCUCGAGUAGUCAGUACACCUGCUUGUAGGCAACAGGAGGACCACCUAAACACAUUGAAGCAAGCAUAUGUGGCUGAUCAAAAAGAUCACAGUUGAAAAAAGCAUUGAAAAAAAGUUGGAAAAAGCGAGGUUUUCUGGCUAUUGAGCAGCAAUGCCAUGGUGGGUGGCCACUGGUCCAGUACACAUCCUCAGUGGUGAGAAAGAAUCCCCCUCUGGUAUGUGUUAGAGCUGGAGGCACAGAACUGACUGAGAGCAGACGUGGCAGCGCUGGAGAAUAACACCACUGGCACAUCUACAGCUCUCUGCUGCUCUUAGCAGGCCCCACACAGCAGUGUUUUUGUAGCCAUAGGUAAACAACCACCUCUUUAAUGAAGUUCAGUAGCUGCCUGUGUGAACUGGGACAGAAAGGGCUCAGCCAAGCCAAAUUCAGUUUUCUACGACAAAUAUUUAACAGCCGCUAUCUCUGCAGGACUUCACCUUGCAUUAAUGAGCUCUACCCAGGGAGCAGCAGCUGAAGUGACAGCUAUGGAUGACUCCAAAAGUGCCCAUCCAUAAUAACCCAAUUUAUAAAGCUUCUGAAAACAUGUCCAGUCUUGGAACCAGAAUAAACCAGAUACAAGGGAAAGGUUUUUUUUCCUGUAAAGUAUGGUGCACCCCUUGCAAAUCAGUGUAUUUUGAGUUGUGCAUGGGCUCAUCCUGUAUGUGACAGCUGCUAAUUCUACUUCUAUCUGUGCUAACUCUGCCUGCACAAUCAAUACUGGCAAAUUGUGAAAGAACUCCAACCAAGUGAUUCAUUUUACUCUGUAGCAAUGCCCUUCCUCCCCCCAUCCUCAGCAACGCCAUGUCCAGCUCAGGGAGCCUCAGUGCAGAGUGGCUGUGUACAACUGGAUGUGCCUGAAAUGCAGCCUGGAAUGGCUGUGUGAGAUCUGCCUCAACCAAGGCACAAAAUGAAGUACAAGGUCCUCAGCUCCAACACUGAACCACCCCACAGCACACAGAGACAGACAGACACAGACAGACACACACACAGACACACUCGGCAGCCCCAGUGCCUCUCCCAGGGGCUGCAGCACCCCUAGCAAUGGGCACUGCUGUAAACACCACAUCACACCGUGUAAAAAGAGAAGUGUUUAUUGGUUAUAUACUGUAUACUGACAGUGUUUGAGUCAGGAGAGACAUGCAGUAAGUGUGUGUUUACAUUUGGCAUGCAGACUAAGAGCACUGUGUCACUGGAAGGAGGUGAGCACCAUCUGUAUCCACUGCGUGGGCAGCCUGGGGAGGAAAGCACUGGCUUUCCUCUACUCAGCAUGCUGAGACAGGACAAGUUCUAAGAGGGUGGAACACUGCUCAUAGCUCUAUUGGACACAAAGUUUAUUUUAGGGGAAAAGGCAAUACUGCAACCCUGGAAAAUCUGCUUAACUUGGAUGAACCUGUGAUUAUGAAAAGAUUUCUUGCAUUAUUUGUCUUCUAGCUAAGCUGCCCCACCCAAAUAUAUGUUCACAAAUACAAAAAAAUAGAUUUAUUCUCUUAAAAAUACAUUCCAUGCAGCCUGGAGUGCUGCUUCCCCAAAGCAGGAGCCGGCACUGCACGUGGGGCAGCCCAGGAGGAUCCUUUGGGCCCUGGGUUCUGACCAUUGGAGGCAUCUGCAAACAAUGGCUUUGUGUUCUGUGGCACAGCCUGCGGGAGGCUGGCCUGGAGCAGUGCCCUGAUUGCUUCAGCAGUGUGCAAGGGUGGCAGAGAUGAGGUCUACUACAUUAGAGACGACACCAAUGUGACUAUUGCUUCGAUCUGUAGCAAGGAAAUUGCUUGUGUCAAGUGUCUCUUGAAGCACCAAGGCCCGUGGCUCUGCCCUGUGCUUCCUGCCCUUGCCCUUGCUGCGGUCCUGUCCCCGGGAGGCUGCGGGGCCAAGCUGUCACCCUACACCCUGCCAGGAGCUGGACAGGCAGCUCUGUGGGCUGCAGAGGUGUUCUGGACAUGAAGGAAGCCGUUCCAUGAAGCAGGAAGCUGCUGGGCCCUCAGACUGGAGCCAGCCCUUGUGGGGAAAGCACUGGCUCUCCAAAAGGGACCAGCAGCUGAGGUUCCUUGGGAGCAGCAAGCACUGACACACUUCCUCUGUACAGCAAAUACAUUUACAACUUUGGAAUUACCCGAGGGCUCGAUGCAUGGCCUUGUGCAUCAUCAAGCCUACUGAAAAGCCUGUUAUAUUUAUAUGCUAAAACAUUACAAAUACUUCUUCAGUGAUGGCAAUAUUUACACAUAUACUCUAUUUUACAGCUGUUCAAAAAAGUGUGCAAUUCGAGUAAACA